AUGGCCAAAGAGACCACUUUUAUCGACACUCAAGACGGGCUCAAGGGUCUCGUCGAUCUCAUAGCACGGCAGGACACCUGGAUGGGGGACUUUAAGCCUCUGCUCUACAUAGAUCUGGAAGGCAGAAAGCUCAGCCGCCAUGGUACAAUAUCCCUAAUGACCGUGCUUGUGAGUCCCGGUCACGGUUUGAUGUCUCCACGCGUCAUAGACAUCCAUUCUCUUGGCUCUGUAGCCUUCUCCACGACCGGACAGCGUGGAAAUAGUCUCAAAGACAUAUUAGAGUCGCCACAGAUCAUCAAAGCAUUCUUCGACGUGCGAAAUGACUCGGACGCACUCUAUGCUCAUUACGGGGUCAGGCUACAGGGUGUCCGGGAUAUUCAGCUCAUGGAGAGCGCUGGUCGGCCGAAUACCCCUGGGCGGAAGUAUCUCUCCGGCCUGUCCAAAUGCAUCGAACAAGCUCUUUUCAACGCACGAGAAAGGGAGAAAUGGAUGCUGGACAAAACGAAUGGGGAGGCCUUAUGGAAUCCCCAAAAGGGCGGCUCAUACAGUGUGUUUGACAAAAGGCCACUCUUGGACGCGAUCAUCAGGUAUUGCGUGGGUGACGUACAGUAUCUACCGACUCUUUAUACGCGAUAUCGCCAUUCAACCGACCUUUGGAACCAGCUCAUUGCCGAGGCAUCGCAGAAGCGAGUGUCGCUCUCACACGCAGUUGAAUACCAACCGGAAGGCCCAGGGCGCGCACUGAGUCCUUGGAGCCCCGAGCAGAACAAGCUACUUGAUGAGUGGAAUGCCCCGCCUCCGCGGCCAUCAGGAGAUUAUUUUUCGUACGACUCAGACUCGGAUGAUGGUUGGUACCCUUAUGAUGACAAUGACUUUGAGGAUUGGACGAGAGCACCGUGGCAGGGCCCCCCCUCAUAG